UCUCGAUCUCUCUGUAUCCACCAUUCAUUCACUCCCACCACCCCCCAUAACCACUUUAACUACCGCACACACACAACAAAUGUAAACACAUUCAAACCUUUACACACACACACACACACACACACACACACACACACACACACAUGAAUGCAAGUCCAUAACUGCUUCUUCAGUCAAAAACAAACUUCCAUUUCCAGUCUGAUGUUUUCUGGAUAAGAAGGAGAGAAGAUGACUACUUUCAGAACAACAGUAGUAGUUUUACUGGGUUUCUACACCUUGUGCCAGGAGACAAGAGCCUCAGUCCUUGGCAGACCGUUGCUGUACGGCCCCUCAACAGCCCUAGAGAAGACUGUAGAAUACUUCCAGUGUGAAGUGCUGCAUUACCCUAAAGAAGAGGCCAUCCUCUACCAGCUAUUCAGGGAAGGUGACCGGUCCAAGACCUUAGCGUUCCACAGUGCUCUGUCUGGUGAGAUGGCCAAUUUCCCUCUGUUCAUCACUGCUUCCUACGAGGGCUACCUGGUGUGUGUGGCCAGCGUCCAGAACAACACAGCAAUACAACCCACCGUCAGCCAAAGACACUACCUCAGAGUAGUCGUACCAGUGAAUGGUGCGGAGGUUGUAGUCCAGUCAGGGUCUGUGGAGUUCUACGAAGGGAAGCCGCUGUCUCUACGCUGUAACAUCACCAAAGGGAACCAUGUCUCCUACCAUUGGCUGGUGGAUGGGAAGCCCCUCCCCCUGUCUCCUUUACACUAUCAGGCACAGGAACAACUCUUCUUCUACAGGAUGAUUCCCCAGGACAGUGGGGUGUACACCUGUGUUGCUACCAACCAACUCAACCUUACCAAUGUCUACUCCUCCAGGAGCAUCGCCCAGGUCAUCAAGGUCAAAGAGCUCGUGUCUGAACCAGACCUCUUCUUCUCGGUACUGAAGGAAGGAGACGGAACCUACUUUGCCCUCGUCACCUGUCAAUCACUCAAGGGGACUCCGCCCAUCACCUUCUCCCUCUACAACAGGUCAGAGUUCGUCACCACGGAGACAGUUGACGAGCGAUUUGCCAUGUUCACUAUUCCAGUGGUUCUAGAUCUCCACAUGGGCUUUCUACAGUGUCAGGCGGAGAAUGGAGACCGGGUGGUGUACAGUCAGUUGACGGCCAUGCACAUUGUUCCAGUAGGUGGCGCUGUGACGAUGCACUACGACACCGACGUGGGAGAGAACUUCUCCAUUGUGGGCCUGAGGUUUUACUGUUCUGUGGAGAGGGGAACCUUGCCCUGGUACCGCUGGUUCCUCAACGGAACUGUUCUAGAAGGCCAUGGAGACUUCUACUGGGUUGAGAACCAGCCGGAGCAAUCCAUUUUGUUGUUGUCUGUGGGGUGGAGCAGUGCUGGAACGUACCAUUGUGAGGUGACCGACAGCUUUAAUGGCACUACGGUGAUCAGCAGUAGGGAGAGGUACAUCGAUAGAGAAGUGUUGAACCACCUCCCUACCGCGGUGGUGGCUGUUGUGUUUGGCUGUUUCCUCUUCCUGGUUACCUUGGUGACCGCCUGUUGUUUCAUUGGACUGCUGUACCGGAAAAUACAGUAUUAUGUCGAAAAGUCCACGUUGGAUCUCAGGUUGGGUCUGGAGAUGCACAACAUAAUGGUGUCUGGUGAUGAUGAAGAGUUCCUGGGUCGCUGCAUUAUGGUGGCCGAGGGUGAUAACGAAGUGGAUGAAGAGGAAUACAUGGAGGAUGAGGGAGUGGUGAGAGCAGCCAGAAUCGUUGACUCAGAUCAGGGGGAAGUAGAUUCGACAGACGAGUGGCUGCAGCUUCAACAGGAACUGUAGAAGAAAUCCA